AUGGGAAUGAUGCUUUCUGUUGAACGAGAGUUUUCCCUGAAUGGGACUUUUGACGCUGUGAAAUCAUUCUCUGAAUCGUUGCUGUUUCUAUUGCUGUCUCAGUUGGACGGUCCCACGCAGAGCUUCCUGACGUGUGCAGGUGUCCCAUCGGAGCCUGAUGCAGACCACAUCCUUCACCUGAAGGGACUCAUCAGCGCCGCUCUGGAUGUGUACUCCUUCAUGCGCUCCAGUGUGGCCGGCGUCCCGGUCGUGGAUCUGUCGGGAGGCUUCAGUAUGAACGAGGAUCACGUGAUCAGAGCAUGGCUGGACAUCAGACUCACUCCUCUGCUGUCGUCCAUCUCCAGAAACUUCCUCACAUGCCUCAGUAACAGAAACCUCAGCUGCAGCGCCUAUCAGACUGUUGUAAAGGAGUUGAGUCAGCAUUUCUCCAGUCUGGAUCCAGUGCGACAGAAGUGGAUCUAUUCUUUCUUCAUGUACCCGUUUCUCUCUAGAAACACAUCCUCAGGUUGUGUAGAUCUGCAGGACAGCACUGAGGACUGGCUCCUGAAGAACUUCGGCUCAUUCUCGGUCAUGGCUCAAGUGCGAGACUUCACAUCCAUCAACGUGCUCUUCAGCGGGCUGGAGGUUUUGCACCUCUUAAGUCCAGAACAGAAGGCAGAGCUUCUCCUUCAUCCGGAGGAGGUGGGCUUGACGAACGGCUCGCUCAGCCGGGUGUUUCAGAGUUUGCUUUCCUCUCUGAUGCCCUCUGAGGAUCCAUGGCCUUCAAAUAACAGCACAGUGUUUUAUAUGAGCACCGUUCCAUCUGCCUCACCUCAAGACUCUCUCGGACAGGCAUUGAAUGGAUUCAUGAUGGCAUUUAGUCCUGUCGGGAGUUUUGUUAGACAGUUUGUGUCCUUGACACAGGAGCAAAACUUUAGCAGCAUGCGGAGCUCCACACUGGUGCAGGCCAUGAUCAACCUGACGCUCGCCGAGCUCGCUGCACCGUUCAAGCAGAAUUACAGCCAACAGCUGGUCACUUUUGACCCCAUGAAUGUUAACAACUGGUUCACGCAUGUGGUUUCUCCCGUACUCCGGCGAUUCCUUCUUCCUGGCCAGAUAGAAAUCCAUCCCAACCUCACGGCUGUCUUCCAUAACCAGUUCUACAUUGAGACGGGGAUGGGAGCUGGAGCCCAGACUGAAAGUCAGGACAUCUGUAGUGUCUUUAUUGAUAAUAGAACAUGUGGGCUGACGGACCUGGUGGAACAUGUGGCCACUGUCCUGCACUGCGCAGCACGCUCAAACCUCACGCUCAACCAGGAGACGCUCUCCAGUGUCCUCCUGCAUCUCUCCCAGAACCUCAACGCUCUUCUGCAGCAGCUCUCCAUGACCAACUUCAGUUCCCAGAGUUCCCCCUUCAGUGACAUCCUGGACCAAAUGGUUCAUGACACCUUCACGAUGAGCAACCUGCAGGACGGCUCUUUUGUAAGAUUAUGGUUCCAGAUCAAGUUAAAGCCUCUUCUCUCCACACUGACUCCAGAAUAUCUCACGUGCCUCAGUCACAAAGAGUUCAGCUGCCAGACCUUCCAGAUUCUUGUUUCAGAACUCAGCGGCAACAUGCUCCUGAUGUCAAGAAAAGGUGUGCAGGACGUUUAUCAGUAUUUCAUCUCAUCCUUCCUGAGCCAACGGAAUGUUUCAGGUGGCUGCCCAGCGGAGAACAGCAGCAUCUGGGUUACUCUGAAUCUUGGUGAAUUUUCAGAGUUUGCAACAUUGAGUGACAUGUACCAGCUGAAUCAAGACUUCAACGCUAUUGAUGCUCUGGUGGUUCUCUCCCCCAGACAGACAGCUGAACUCAUUGUUGAGGAUUUUGCAGGUCUGCCACAGAAAAGCAUCAUCAUAAACAAGGUUUUUGAUCGCAUCCUGGUUUCUCCUGAAGACCGUGGUCUGCUUGAGAUGCUUGAAUAUCUCAUCAAACUCGCUGGCCAGACGGGUCUGGAGUGCUCAUCAUACCAGCAGAUCGUUCAGAGGCUGCAGGAGUCUGUGGUUCCUCCACACAUGAUGGAACCCAUCAAGAACUACACGAGUCAGCUGGAACACAUGGCCCCUCCUGGCUGUUUUGCUCCACCUGUUACGUGUAUUUCAACACUGAUCAAUGAAACCUGGAUUUGUGAUGGAAUUAGGAGUAAUGAGAGUCUGCUGUCCGCUGCACUCGUGAGCCCCCCCUGUAGUGUGGACCUGCAGCAGUACGCUUGCUCUUCGCUCACCGGCAUCACUGCUGGAAACCUGGCUGGACUCCUGAAGUGUCAACUUUCCAGCAGCAGAAGUUACUCCAAGGAGAUCUGGAAACUGCUUUUCACCAAAGCAAAUGGUGUUCUGGACGGAGCCCUCGUCAUCUUCUCCAGCGCAGCAGCAAAUAUGUCUCAGCCAAUCAGAGGUGAUGUCAUGUCCCAAGUGCUGGAUGUGGUUGGAGAGUUGAGACUGGAGCGCAUCAGUCCUGACCAAUGGACAGACCUCUCUUUCAUCAGCAUGUUGUUGGGUCAAUAUCUGAAGCCGUUUUUACCAUUUGCGUCACCAUCCCUACUGCUUUGCACCAGCAGCAAAAACCUCAGCUGCCAAACUUACCAGCACAUUCUUUCAGAGGUCCCACUCGUCAAUGAGGCUCAAGGAAGAGACAUGGCGAACUUCUUCAUUCUGCCCUUCCUGAGAAGAAACGCAACAGAUGCGGGCUGUGUAUCGACUGCUAACAACAGUGUUGAGUGGCUUCAGAAGAACUUUGGCCCGUUCUCUCAGUUCAUGUCUCUCACAGAUCUGCUCUCCAUCAACAGACUCUUUGAUCCCUUGGAGACCCUGAACAAUCUCACUCCAGAGCAGAUGGUCAGCCUGAUGGUUGAGGAUCUCCCUGGUCUUCCACCCAAGGAUGUGGUCAUCAGUCGAGUGUUUGAUCAUCUGCUGCUGUCCCCUGUGGAACGAAGACUUCCCGAUGUUCUUGAGCUCCUGUAUAUCUUCUCCACAGAGAGUCCACUCAGCUGUCAUACCAACAUGAUCAUCUUGUCGAGGCUGGAGCAGAUCUUGAGCUCAGGAGCUGGUGAUCUGGAGCCCGUCAUCUGGGCCAGUGUUUAUAGCUUCAGCAGCACAACUCCUGCAGGUCAGGGCAUAUCAUCUGUCUCUCUGUCAGACGCUACAGUCUUAUCACAUGUUCCUCAUUAA